CUGAAAAUAAUUUUGAUGAUAUCGAUUUUAUAUAGAAUGCCUGUCGCCAUAAUGCCUGUUACCGAAGCUGCGGCAAAGGGUAAAGAAGAAAAGCAUGAGCUACGAACAGCUCCAUUUGAUCCAAGAUUCCCAAAUCAAAAUCAAACAAAGUACUGUUACCAGAGCUAUCUCGACUUUCAUCGUUGCAGAGCUCUGAAGGGUGAGAACUAUGAGCCGUGUGAUUAUUUCAGGAGGGUAUUCAAAUCCAUUUGUCCUAAUGCGUGGAUUGAAAAAUGGGACACACAACUCGAAGAGGGCAGAUUUCCUGGAAAAAUUCUGUAAUGUGUGUGUGCGUAUGCUCUAAGGCACGAAAUGACAGUUUUUCCUGUAGUGUUGUUGUAAUGGUUAAUAAUGCUUUUGUAAAUGGAUCAUGUAAAUACAUUGAUAAAAUAUGCUUGAGAAGAUGGUAA